GAGGGAUUUUCUGUUUGGGGAUCUGGCACCCUUCCGUGCAUCUGCGUUCGCUCAUUGAAUUGCUCUGAAUCACUCAGUCUUGUUUUAUCGUUGCCCGACGCAUUUUCUUACCUAAAUUGUUCAUAUUUCUUUUCAUAUAACUGAUAUUUUCAGAGGUUCACACAGCUGAGAGGUUUAUUUUUAGAAACAAAACAAUCAAGAUGGGUUGCGCUGGAUUCACCUGCUCCAAGAAUUCCCUGUGCGCGCUCAACAUCCUCUAUGUUAUGGUGAGUUUGCUGAUGAUUGGCAUCGCUGCCUGGGGUAAAUGUUUUGGACUGGUGUCGAGUUUCCAGGUGGUGGGAGGAAUCAUCGGGGUGGGAGUCUUCCUCUUUUUUGUUGCUCUAGCUGGACUCAUUGGUGCAAUGAAGCAUCACCAGGUUCUGCUCUUCUUUUACAUGAUCAUUCUGUUCCUGGUGUUUGUAGUUCAGUUCUCCGUGUCUAGUGCGUGUCUGGCUAUCAAUGAAGAGCAACAGAAUCAUCUAUUGGAGGUGGGCUGGAAUAAUUCGCUCACCACUCAGAGAGAUGUGGAAAAGACUCUGAACUGCUGCGGUUUCUCACACGUGGACAUCAGUGAAAGCUGCGCUGCUCCCUGCUUUCAUUACAGCACCUGUACCACCUGUGCAGCUAAGAUCCAGGAGCACGCUGGGGAGGUGCUGCGUUUCGUCGGAGGGAUCGGACUUUUCUUCAGCUUUACUGAGAUCCUGGGUGUUUGGCUGACAUACAGGUACAGAAACCAAAAGGACCCGCGGGCGAAUCCCAGCGCCUUCCUGUAACCCAAAUCUGACAGGAAAAUCUCUUGAUUUGUCACGAGCGCUCGUCUAACCACUGGAGCUUUGUUUAAAAGGGAGUGUGCGUUUGUUUUCACUGAAGAGGAGACCAGCCUGUGUGUUUUUGCUGCUAUAUAUACAUAUAUACACUAUGUGCUUGAUUUUUUUCAAGAAUACAGUGCGCGGAAAACACUGUACUGUACUUUUUGAGACUGUGCUUUCGUUUGAAGAAUUCCUCUGAAUGAAAGAAACAUGCACCAAAAACCAGUAUGCAGUAAACAUAAAACACUUAUGGGCUAAACAACAUUGAUAUUUAGAUUUUGUUUGAUUUUAUUUGUGCAAAAACAUUAACAGAAAUGUUAAAGCUGCUGUGAUCAAGACUUGCGAUAUGUAAGCAUGGGAAUAUUUAUGUUAGCAUUGAAAAAAUGUAUAUGUUCUGAUACUAUAUCUGCUUUACUUCCGCUAUACAUUUCUUAAAAAUCACCACUUAUUACAAUAACUGACAUACAAAGAAAUUAAUCUAAAUCACUAUAAUACAAUAAAGAUGCAAAUAAACUAUGAAACAUUUAUUAUAUGUUAUCAAUUCCAUGAAAACCUAUACUUUAAAUGAAUUAGACUUCUUAAAGGGAUAAUUCACCCAAAAAUUAAAAUUCUGUCAUCAUUCACUCAACUUUAACGAAGAUAUUUGAGCAAUGUUUGUAACCAAACAGUUGAGCCCCAUUUACUUCCAUACUAUUCCAUAUUCCUACUAUGUAAGUCAAUAGUGCUCACUGCUUGAUUGCAAAUAUCUUCCUUUGUUUUCAGCACAGCAAAGAAAUUUACACUGGUUUGUAACAACUGGAGGAUGAGUUAAUAAUGACAGAAAUUUCAUUUUUGGGUGAACUAUCCCUUUAAGAAGCAGGCUUAUUAUAAAAAGGCUUAUCAGAGUACUGUAUGAUGGUCGCUGGCAACUUUCAUAUUACAUUGUUGUUUAUCUGCCUAUUUCAUCUCUGUUUUGUGUGCGUUUGUUUUACUGGCUUGAUUUUGUGUAUUGUUUGGACUUCUUGCAUGAAUUCGUCAUUGAAAUGUACAUCUAACAGUUAUACCCAAUGGUUCUGUGAACUAUGCUCUUGUGCAUUUAAAAAUCAGAAAUAAAUACCCUGAAGACA